GCCUCCCGCCUGCCCGCCCGCGCUCCCAGUUCCCUCCCCUCCGGUUUCCCAGUCCGCACCUCCCUUCUCCACUCCCCUCACCCCUAUUCCCUCCUCCGUCCUAUUAAAACACCCACCAGCUCACUUGUUAAGACCCCCUUAAGUUGGAGGAGGCAGAAAGGCAACAACCGCGAGGAAGGAGAAGUCAAGACGUCUGGAAAGAAUUACCCAGUCCUGGCUUCCAGCAGCCCAUUGAACCAGGGACUUGAACCAGCCCCAGCCAAAGACAUUCUCCUGAUUCUACGCUUCCUGGGUUCUGCUGAGUUUUCACCAGGCUUUUUUUUUUUUUUUUUUUCUCUUUAAUACAAAAAGAGAGCAGAGACUUUCAGAUAUUAGGGGAAAGGAACUAGAGCAUAAAAUAAAAUAAAGUUAAUUUAUUUUCAAAGCACAGAUAACAUUUUCUUUUAAGAGUUAGAAGAUUGAAGUGCAACGGAAAUAUUAAAAAAAAUACUAGUGAUUUUAUUUUAAGUGGGGGAGACCUAAACAUUUGAGACUCCUCCAUCCUUUUUAAAUGUUGUUUUUAAAUUUUUUAUUUUUCUUGGCCGGUCGUCUCAAAUUCAUCUGAUCUCCUAUUACCUCAAUUUUGGAAACUGCCCGCCACCGACCCUUCAGGACCACACAGACAGGCUGAGGACAACUUUAUGACCAAGAGCUGAACAAGAGAAAGCUAUGGCAACUAUAAGAAGAAUUUAAGGUCUUAAAUCAAUGACUAGUACCAAAUCUGAAUGCCACUCUCCUUCAAACAAAGAUGGUGUUUAGUCACCUACCUUCUUGGAAAACGAGAAUUGUGCAACAAAUGGGUAAAAUGCAUUGUGAGAGAUUUCUAUGUAUCCUGAGAAUAAUUGGAACCACACUUUUUGGAGUCUCUCUCCUCCUUGGAAUCACAGCUGCUUAUAUCGUUGGCUACCAAUUUAUCCAAACAGAUAAUUACUAUUUCUCUUUUGGACUGUAUGGUGCCUUUUUAGCAUCACACCUCAUCAUCCAAAGCCUGUUUGCCUUUUUGGAGCACCGGAAAAUGAAAAAAUCUCUAGAAACACCCAUUAAGUUGAACAAAACUGUUGCUCUUUGCAUUGCUGCAUAUCAAGAAGAUCCAGACUAUUUGCGGAAAUGUUUGCAAUCUGUGAAAAGGCUAACCUACCCCGGAAUUAAAGUUGUCAUGGUCAUAGAUGGAAACUCGGAAGAUGACCUUUACAUGAUGGACAUCUUCAGUGAAGUCAUGGGCAGGGACAAGUCAGCCACUUAUAUCUGGAAGAACAACUACCAUGUGAAGGGUCCUGGAGAGACAGAUGAGUCACACAAAGAAAGCUCACAGCAUGUCACCCAGUUGGUCUUGUCCAACAAGAGUAUUUGCAUCAUGCAAAAAUGGGGUGGAAAAAGAGAAGUCAUGUACACAGCCUUCAGAGCACUGGGGCGAAGUGUGGAUUAUGUACAGGUUUGUGAUUCAGAUACCAUGCUUGACCCAGCAUCAUCUGUGGAGAUGGUAAAAGUUUUAGAAGAAGAUCCCAUGGUUGGAGGUGUCGGGGGAGAUGUCCAGAUUUUAAACAAGUAUGAUUCCUGGAUCUCCUUCCUCAGCAGUGUGAGAUACUGGAUGGCUUUUAACAUAGAAAGGGCCUGUCAAUCUUAUUUCGGAUGUGUCCAGUGCAUUAGUGGACCUCUGGGAAUGUACAGAAACUCCUUACUGCAUGAAUUUGUGGAAGACUGGUACAAUCAAGAAUUUAUGGGCAGCCAGUGUAGUUUUGGAGAUGACAGGCAUCUAACGAACCGAGUGCUGAGUCUGGGCUAUGCAACGAAAUACACAGCUCGAUCCAAGUGCCUUACUGAAACACCUAUAGAAUAUCUCAGAUGGUUAAACCAGCAGACCCGCUGGAGCAAGUCCUACUUCCGAGAGUGGCUGUACAACGCGAUGUGGUUUCAUAAACAUCACUUGUGGAUGACCUAUGAAGCCGUCAUCACUGGGUUCUUCCCUUUCUUUCUCAUUGCCACGGUAAUCCAGCUCUUCUACAGGGGUAAAAUUUGGAACAUCCUCCUCUUUUUGUUAACUGUCCAGUUAGUGGGUCUCAUAAAGUCAUCUUUUGCCAGCUGCCUUAGAGGAAACAUUGUCAUGGUCUUCAUGUCCCUCUACUCAGUGUUAUACAUGUCAAGUUUACUUCCCGCCAAGAUGUUUGCAAUUGCAACAAUAAACAAAGCUGGGUGGGGCACAUCUGGAAGGAAAACCAUUGUCGUUAAUUUCAUAGGACUCAUUCCCGUAUCCGUUUGGUUUACAAUACUCCUGGGUGGUGUGAUUUUCACCAUUUAUAAGGAAUCUAAAAAGCCAUUCUCAGAAUCCAAACAGACAGUUUUAAUUGUUGGAACGUUGCUCUAUGCAUGCUAUUGGGUCAUGCUUUUGACACUGUACGUGGUUCUCAUCAAUAAAUGUGGCAGGCGGAAGAAGGGACAACAGUACGACAUGGUGCUUGAUGUAUGAUCUUACGUUUGAUGUUUGCAGUUGCAGACACACAAAACCUUAGCUCCUCUAGGGACUGUACGGUAUUGUGGCGUCAGAUAACGCCACCAAAGGAGACAUAUCGCUGCUGCUGGGACUUGAACAAAGACAUUUGUAUGGGUUUAUUUUAAUUCUGCCAAAGGAAAAUGAUACAUCAAGAAGAACAACUCAGAUUUAACCUGAUAUUUCUAUGAAAAUGGGAAGAUUCUUUGUGUAUGCACUUUUUCCUUACUGUACAUCCGCCUAACAGUGUUUUGCCCUAUAUACCUCACUAGCCAUGCUUUAUGUGGGUUAUCAUGGAAGAAAAGGAUUUUGGAAACUCAAGGAAAAGUUCUUUCAACAUAUACAACCUAACUUAUGGACUGUGUUGAUAGCUAAUUUUUUUUUUUAGAAUGAUUUUUUCUGUUUAAUUCUACCAAAUGAAAUGCCAAAGGAAAUUUUACAGGCCGUUGGCUGUGCUGUAUUUUUAUAUAAUUGUACUGUGUUUUAAAAUUUUUGUAUGCCAAUUUUAAAACAAAUUUUGCAUAUUUUAUAUUUUACUUCUCUGCCAAAAUACACCUGUUUUUCCUUUUUUUUUUUUAAUAAAAUAGGUUCUUAAGAAAUUCCUACUUAAAAAGAUUUCUACCCAAAAUGUGAAGCUUGGUUGACGUUGUUCAUGAUAGAAAGAAUAAAAUGUUUCUCUCUACCUUUAAAAUUGAAUAGUUUAUUUCUGUGAAAAAGUGAACUUUCAAUGUUUUAACUUUUCAAAAAAUUUCUUUUAGAAAAGGCCAAUACACCUGUCACACUUCAAGAGUAGAAAUUCAUACUUAUUUGUACAAAGAAGUCAUUGAAAAUCAAGGCCAAAGGGGUAGGAAAGUGCAAUUUUUUCAAAAGAUUGAAAAAGGGAAUGUUAAUUCUUGAAAAAUACUAAGCAUCCAGCAGUGGACAAAAUCUGGUUAUCAAAGAUAGUCUUUGGACAUUCUCACAGUAUUUUCCCAGGCUAAGUAAAGAGGAAUGUGGGAAAAAUUAUCUGUAUAAUUUGGACAAAUACAAUUCAGUUCAUCUUUUGUUCUGUGACCUGUAUUCACUGGAUUCUGUCUAUAUGUGGAACAUACUUUACCUCCCUUUUUUUCCUCCAGCUUGUUAGUUUACUUUGCAUGUCAGUAUGAGGUUUAUAUGGGUGAAUGAGAUAAAGAAUAAGGAUAAAGCAUAUAAAUUCAAAACCAGCAGAAUCAAGCUCCAGGUGUCCUCUUUAGCUUUCUAGGGAAGAUAUUUUCUGAAUUAUACAGAUAAUAGCUUCAUCUCUUCUGUUCUUGGCCUAUAUAAAUGUGUCUACAGAGUAGACAUGAUAUCAAGGUUUAAUAGUUUAUCAAGAAUAAUUGACACAUAAAAAAUUGAGGGAUCAGGUACCUUCAGCCUGGCUAAUUUAGCUACUCUGAGGCCUCAGUUAUCCAGUUUGACUUUUGGCAUGACCCAUCUUACCUUGUAGCUGGUACUGUGUAGACCCAUGUUAAAAAAAAAAUAAAACAUAUUUAGAGUCGCAUGGAAAGCAUUGUGAUGAAGCAGCAAUGUGGAGAAGUAUUCGACCAUGUUCUUCCUAACUUUCUGCUUCCUUUUAAUACAGACAUCUAUAGUCCAUCCAUCCUGCCUAAGAAAAAACUGCACGUUCUACCUUCAGAGUACAAAAAGGUACAUAACUUCUACAACAUAGACUCUCACUGAUUGGAGAGCUUGUGGGAAACAAACAGACCAUGCCAUUAAAUGAGACUAAAACUUGAGUUUGCCUUUUUAAUUAUUUAUGUUCUAAGUUAAGCUUGAUAACAUUCAGAUUCUCUCAUUCUUAUAAAAGAUUGAAUUAAUUGCCUGUAUUUAUUUUAGCAAUUAUUCAAUGUAUUUCCAGUAUAGGAUGUAUAGUAUAAUUGAAUUUUUUUGUAAAUAAAAUAUUUUUGAUAAGA